UUGUUUCCGCGCGGGCGACGAAGGUUGUAGGUAGGAAGUAGGUAGGUAGGCGGGGUCUGGUCUUGUAUGUCUGGAACACGCGCAAAGCAAAGCAAAACUCGCACCCGUUAAAAUCGAGCCGUCAGUCAAAUAAAGUUGCCCAAAAUUUUUCUGGAUACCGACAGGGAUGUUGGAUUAAAACUAGACUAACUAAGUAGCUUUGCAGCGCCAAGCGGUGGCAGGGUCACGUCUUCUCACCCGUCACGCAGAGUUCGCUCGUGUGAAGAAAAGUUGCGGCUCUUUCUUGAAGAUUUUCCUACAACCGUUCAUUCACCUUCACCUCACCACGAAAACACCUCCCCCACCACCACCCCACCACCCCACCACCCCACCACCCCACCACCUACCACGAAAACCGCAACCACGAAAAUACACCCGCAAUGCGCCCCCUCACCGACCAAGAGACCGAACGGCUCUUCGAGAAGCUAGCGUCCUACAUGGGCCGCAACAUCACGCACCUGAUCGACCGACCGGACGACCCGCACGUAUUCCGGCUUCAGCGGGAGCGCGUCUACUACGUUCGGGAGACUAUUGCCAAACUCGCGACCUCUGUCGCGCGCGACAAGCUACUGUCCAUCGGCACGUGUCUCGGCAAGUUCACCAAGAAGACGGGGAAGUUCAAGCUGCACAUCACGGCGCUGGACCACGUCGCGCCCCACGCAAAGUUCAAGGUCUGGGUCAAGAAUAACGGAGAGAUGCCGUACCUCUACGGAAAUCACGUCGUCAAGGCCCAUGUCGGCCGCAUGAGCGAGGAUACUCCUGAGCAUCAGGGAGUGCUGGUUUAUGCUAUGAAUGAUACGCCGCUGGGUUUCGGUGUCACGGCGAGAUCGACGGCUGAGAUCAGGAGAUUAGAUCCCACGGCGAUCACGGUGUUCCGACAAGCCGAUGCUGGGGAGUAUCUGAGAGAGGAAGACACCCUGUUCUAGGGGUGAGGAGCGGGCGAAAAGUGUUUUUUUCUCUUUU